AGUUGAAUUUCGUGUAGUUCCGUGAUAGAAGGUAGUAAUGGAGGUGAUCACUAGUUCAAAUAAACAUAAUGUAUACAGUGAAAUAUUUUUAUACAAUUCUUCUGCAAGUACAACUGCUAAAUAAUUUGUGAAGGACAUUUGGUGCAAACAAUAAUUAUCAAAACCUUUAGACAUACAAAAAAAUACUUCAUUCCUGAAAGAAAGGGUCUUACCCAAAUGGUCAUUACAUUUUUAUGUAAAAAUCACAUAUUAUGUACCUUGUUAUGUUUGUAUAAAACAUUUAAACAGACACAAAAAAAUUUUAAUAAAAGAAAAAUUCAAGCCAAGUUGAUGAAUAAUACUUAAACUAACAGUUUCAACAUGAGUGAUAAAGGGGAUAAAUCAUCCACUAGCAGUAACAGUCCAACCAAAACAAGGAGUGCUGCAAGUAGUGCCCGGAGUAGUCCAAAUACAAGAAACGGUCCAAAUAAUACUAAGAAUAGUCCAAAUAUAUCUAAAAGUGUUCCCAGUACUUCUAGAAAUAGUCCAAAUACAUCUAAGAAUGGUCAAAGUGUUUCUCGGACUGGUCUGAACACAUCCAGAUCUGUUUCAAACAGUUCCUCGGCUAGUUAUAGCCAACAAAAAGAAGAAACUUUUGUAUUUGAAGAGCCUCCAGAAGCUAUAGUACUUAGACCAACAAGAGAAGAGUUUGAGGAUCCUCUUGCCUUUAUUGCUACAAUAAGACCACGAGCGGAAAUUUAUGGAAUAUGCAAAAUAAUACCACCAGAGGACUGGACACCACCAUUUGCCGUUGAUGUUGAUAAACUUACAUUCACUCCCAGAGUGCAACGACUAAAUGAACUUGAGGCAAUAACCAGAGUCAAUUUUAAUUUCUUAGACCAAAUCGCCAAAUUUUGGGAUCUACAAGGAUCUUUGUUUAGAUUUCCUAUGGUGGAAAAUAGGCCUUUGGAUUUAUAUAACUUACAUCGUGUUGUGCAGCAGUUAGGUGGAUUUGAAAAUGUAAUUAAAGAAAGAAAGUGGAAAGAAGUAGCAGACUCGAUGGGUUUCCAAAAAAAGGGUGUUGGAGCUGCACUGAAAAUGCACUAUGAAAGACUUCUGUACCCAUAUGAUUUAUUUAAAUCUGGCAAGACAUUUGAGGGGAAAUUGGACGAGAGUAUUCCAUCAACCUCCAAAGAUACUCCUGUCGAUAAAACAGAUAAAGACUACAAACCACAUGGUAUUGCCAGCCGAAUGCAAAUUAAACCGUCCCCUGAAAUAAAUCCUAGGAGAUCAAAAAGAUUUGAUACUGAUGAAAGCGACUUAAAUGUUAAAACCAAAGAAGAAAAAGUAGAAGAGGAUGAAGCAGCAGUGAAAGAAUUGCGUCGUUUAAAAUUUUAUGGAGCUGGACCAAAAAUGGCGGGGUAUGAAGAUGGCCAAGAAGUGAAACCAAGAAGUAAGAGCCACGUAGUUGAUGAACCAGACCCCCUAGCAAGAUACAUAUGUCGCAACUGCAAUGGUGGGGAUGAUGAAGAGUACAUGCUGUUGUGCGACGGUUGUGAUGACAGUUACCAUACCUUUUGUUUAAUGCCACCUCUUCUGGAAAUACCAGCAGGUGAUUGGAGGUGCCCCAAAUGUGUGGCCGAAGAAGUUUCGAAGCCUAUGGAAGCUUUUGGAUUCGAGCAAGCAAAGAGAGAGUAUACACUUCAACAGUUUGGAGAUAUGGCUGACCAGUUUAAGUCUGACUACUUUAAUAUGCCUGUACAUAAAGUGCCACUGGAAACAGUAGAACGAGAAUUUUGGCGAAUUGUGUCAACAAUUGAUGAAGAUGUGACAGUUGAAUAUGGGGCAGAUUUGCAUACUAUGGAUCAUGGGUCUGGUUUCCCUACAAACAAAUCUGAAAAUUUAUCUGAAAUGGAAAAAAAGUAUGCGGAAUCCGGUUGGAAUCUGAAUAAUUUACCAGUUUUAGAAGGAUCUGUACUAGGCCACAUCAACGCAGACAUAUCCGGAAUGAAAGUGCCUUGGAUGUAUGUUGGGAUGUGUUUCUCUACGUUUUGUUGGCAUAAUGAAGAUCAUUGGAGCUAUUCAAUCAAUUAUUUACACUGGGGAGAAGCUAAAACUUGGUACGGAGUUCCUGGUACACAAGCAGAAGAAUUUGAAGAAACGAUGAAGUCCGUAGCACCAGAAUUAUUUCAGGCCCAACCUGAUUUACUUCACCAAUUAGUUACAAUCAUGAACCCAAAUAUAUUAAUGAAAAACGGUAUUCAAGUAUUCAAAAUGAAUCAAUAUGCUGGUGAAUUUAUAGUAACGUUUCCUCGAGCGUAUCAUGCAGGAUUUAACCAAGGGUAUAACUUUGCUGAAGCUGUCAAUUUUGCUCCGGCAGAUUGGUUAAGUAUAGGCCGAGAAUGUGUUUUGCAUUAUUCUAAUUUGAGAAGAUACUGUGUUUUCUCACAUGAUGAAGUAGUGUGCAAAAUGUCAUUAAUUUCCUCACAGUUGGAUUAUACCCUUGCGGCUGCUACUUAUAAUGAUAUGUUGGUGAUGUUGGAUAUGGAGAAAAAUUUACGAAAAGCUGUACUAGAUUCGGGCGUAACUAAUGCGGAAAGAGAAGCUUUUGAGUUACUUCAUGACGAUGAGAGGCAAUGUGAAAUAUGCAAAACGACUUGUUUCUUAUCCGCUAUGACAUGCUCGUGCUCUGCCGAGAAACUGGUCUGUCUAAGACAUUUUCAAAAUCAUUGUGAAUGUUCUCCUGAAAAAAGAACUUUGAGGUAUAGGUACACUUUGGAAGAACUUCCACGGAUGAUGCAAAAUUUGAAGGUGAUAGCAGAAUCGUUUGAAGCCUGGGUUGCUAAUGUGAACGAAGUUUUAGACCCAAACUUACCAAAGCGUACGUUAACAUUUUGCCGAGAACUUCUUCAUGAAGCUACUGUUAAAAAGUUUCCCAAGUCUGAGCUAAUUCAGAAAUUUUCCGCUGCUCUAGAACUUGCUGAGAAGUAUGCUAACGGUGUUGAACAACUAGAUCCCAACAAAAUGCGCACACGACAUUCGAAUGAUGCUAAAAUAACUUUGACUUUUAACCAACUAGUUGAAUUUUCCAGCGAGCUUGAGGACGUAUUUUGUCAUGUGGAUGAGACGAACUGUGUUAGAGAUCUGUUACACGAAGCACAAAUAUUCGAGAAAGAUAGUAAUCGUCUUUUGAAUUUGCCUCUAGCAGAAUGUUUAAUUACUGACCUAGAAGUUUGUCAUACCCUAGGAAGUGGGCUAAGAAGUUUAGAGCUUCCGAAUGUAAGACUGUUAGCUUCUCGAAUAAAACACUGUCAGUGGUAUCAGAGCUUACUUAGUUAUAAAGAAAAGGAAGAUUUAUAUACAAUAGAAUGGCUAAAACAUUUUUUAAAUACUGGAAAUAAGUUGGAUCCACAUCACGAAUGUUACAAAGAGAUGAUUAACUUACAAGAGAUCUUACAAGCGAGUGAAACUUGGGAAGACAAAGCUGAACAAUUGUUUAAAUGCACGGACAAUGAUCUUUUAAUCCAAGUAGAUCAGCUCUUAAAAGAACGUGCCACAAUAAAGUGCUUCCUUCCAAAUGAAGCACCAUUGAAAGAGUCCCUAGAUAAAGCUAGGGACUGGUUAAAGAUUUUUGAAGAUAUGAAAUCGUCUGAGUAUUCUCCUUAUUUUGAGGAAGUCGACAGACUAGUAAAGAGAGGAAGAUCGCUAGCCUUACAACUCGUGGAAGUAGACCGAUUGAAUGUUAUUCUAGAUAGAGCCAAAAGGUGGAAAGAAGAAACGAGCAAUCUUUUUUUGAAAACUAAUUCCACUAUUACCUUAUUGGAGGCUCUAAUGCCAAGAGAAAUAAGUAAUGAAAUAGAAAGUCCGCCGAAAAAUAAAUUACUUUCUUUAUGUAAAGCUGCAACUCGCUUUAAGGAAUCUGAAAACCGUGAAUUGGAUUUCAUAAGAAACGUGAAAGCAGCGAAUGGGCUUAAAAGUUUGGAUCCCAAAGACAAUUCCAACUUCUGCAUAUGUAAAAAAAAAGUAUCAGGUAUAAUGAUGCAAUGUGAUUUGUGUAAAGAUUGGUUUCAUUCUAAUUGCGUCCAACUUCCCAAAGUGGCCAGUACGAAAUUUACAGGAAAGUUCAACACCGCUGCGCUUCAUAUGGGAUUUAAAGACUGUAAAUUUUUAUGUUCAACUUGUGUACGAACAAAGCGUCCUCUAUUAAUGGAACUCAAAGAUCUUCUAGUGCGUAUAGAUGAAUUACCUGUUAUUAUGCGUGAAGGAGCAGCUUUGCAGUGGCUCUCGGAACGUGCUCUGCAAUUGCAGGAAAGAGCCAAGCAGCUUCUGCUACAUCCCGAAGUAGAGUCAGCUAAAAAUGAGUUGGAAAUAUUAAUAAAAAAAUAUACGGAAGCGGCUGAAACAGAAUCAGCAAAAAAGGAAGCUACCAGACAAAGAAAUUCAAGGGAACGAGCGUCCAGAAAACCUGAUUUGACCUCAAAAGCUCAAGACACUUAUGAAAAGGUAGGUAGUUAUAGUGGUACAACAGAUUCAGAUGACGCAACUAGAGAUUCUUCAGAAUAUGAUUCUGAUAGAAUGGGAGAACAUGCCUACUCCUUAAACUUGCCAAAAGUUGAUUCGGAUGAUUAUAGAUUAAUUCUUAGUCCAGAAAUUAAAGAGCGUUUGCAGGAUAUACUUAUGGAAGCAGACCUGUUAGAAGUUUCUUUGAACGAGACUUUCGACCUUUGGACAAUACUGCAGGCAUCUCGAGACCCAUAUCGGGAACCAAUAUAUAUUGAUUUUGAUAAGAAAAAAGAUAAACCCAAAGAACCUUUAAUAGCUGUGAGAAAGAGCAUGCGACCGAAAAAAAAACGAAGGCGUCUUUCUGAAGAAAUGGAUCUUCCUAAAAAGCUUUCCAAGACUGUGAAAGUCGAGCCAGAAAAGAAGCAGCAAGAGGUUGACACUACGAAGAAACCGUCCAAAAAUGGAAAACUAGAGGCAGAUAAGAAACAACAAGAGAUUGUCACUACGAAGAAAGUGUGCAAGGGUUUGAAACUAGAGGCAGAAAAGAAACAGCAAGAGGUCGAUACCUCAAAGAAAGUGAUUAAGUCUCUGAAAACGGACCUAGAGGCUAAAAUGAGACUUAGAAGAUUAAAAAGAGCCAAAGUAGCAGGCAGGAAACGAAAGGGCAAAAAACGAGGUCGAAAACCCAAAGUGUCCUCUACUGCUUCUCCCUCUACAGAGAGCGAAGACGAAGACGAUGAUGACGAUGAAGAUGACAUAUGUGCUGCCAAUGGUUGCCAGAAGCCCGCAGAAGAAAAGAAGAUAGACUGGGUGCAAUGUGAUGGAGGUUGUGACAAAUGGUUUCACAUGGUUUGUGUUGGACUUUCUGCAGGGGAUAUUCAAGAGGACGAAGACUACAUUUGCAUCACGUGCUCCAAACACACCACGUAUGAAACCAUGGACAGUAGUUCAUGCAGUCCAAAACCUUCUACAUCAAAGGAUAUUUCCUAGUGUGCAAUUUCGCACUUAACGUCACCAUUAAUCGACAAAAUAAAGUAUUUCUGUAGGUUUAAGUGUUUACAAAAGUUGUGAUAAUUUAAUAAUAGGAAUUGUAAAAUAUGUCAAGUAUCACUAUGUAUAUAUUUCUGUUUGAAUUUUUAUCAUCAUACCUUAAACUUAAUUUUAUUGUACAUAAAACCAACUCAUUAAUAACAACUUGCACAGAC